AUGCCGGGCUACUCGGCAAGCCCUGGCAAGGACCGCUCAGCAGCAGAGAAGGAAGAGAUGGCAAAGAAGUAUAAACCCGGCGACCAAGUCCUUCCAACGAUAAAUACACAUCGAACAGCGGAUGAGCGGCGCAUCGACGCUGAAGAUAGAAGAUUGGUGGAGGAGGUUCGAGAACUAAGUUUACAAGAGGCGGGGGUAUCUUCGGGGCCACCAAGGACACGGCGGAGGCGUGAGAGUCGAUCCGCAGACGACAGAAGAAGGACAAGCAGAGAUAGGGAAAGGGAUCGAGGUAGAGAAAGAAGCGUCGAUAGCCGCCAUCAGCCACGAGGAAGCCGUCGCCCACGAGUUGAUGAGGGAGGUCGGCAUAGCUCUGAUCAGCUCCAUGUCGAAGGCGAUCGACGACGUCGACGAAGCGAGUCGAGGCAGCGCCAGAUUGAGCACCAGUCAUCGAUUCGGUCACUAAUCAGCUCUGGAGAUAUGAGUGAGAGAGAUAUCGAACGAGAAAUUGAGUCCUUUGCCAGGCAGAUCCAGGAAGAAGGCCUCCUCGACGGGCUCGAUUUGGACAACAUCGAUUUGAGUCGCGACGACGAGCUCAGCAGGAGGAUCACUGAAGCAUACCGACGUCGGCAGAGGGAUCGAACACGCCAAGAAACGAGGAGGAACAAUGGAAAUAACUAUCCUCCGUUGACACGAUAUGCCGAGAACGCGGCAGCUGGGGAUCCUCGCAUGUUGGCCCCAGAAGGAGGUCGGCCAAGAGAAAGAUCUCGACCACAUUCUCGAUCUGCUAGCGCUGCAAGUGCUACCAGUGCUGCGAGUCAGACAGAGGAACGGAGUCGUCCCGCAACAUCUACGACCUCAGCAAACUUAGAGGUCCAGGAGCCAGUCCGAAGGCCUCGGAGACGGACUGCUAGCGGAGGUCGAAGCUCUACCACUCCAGUAUUUCCGACCACUUCUGAGCCCAGGCCUGCUGCUCGUUCCUCUACGGACCUGGGAUCGAGGCCCCAGGCUUCCGAUAUAACGCAGUCCCGACCUAGCUUUAGCGAGGGACGUAGUACCAGCACACCCAUCCAUACUGUGCCGUUUCCCAACCCAACAGAAGCGGCUUCAUUCAGCAACAACACCGGGAAUAUGUCGUUUGCUAGUCGUCAAGGAACCUCUCAAAGUGCAUCGGUCCCUCCCCUAUUCUCCCACCAUGAUGCAACAGCCGGUCGGGCAAACAGACCUCGUCCGGUUGAUCUGGCUAUUGUUCAUCAGACUGUGACCAGCCCGAUUAGUAGUCCCACUAUCUCGGGACACCACAGGACCAGGUCACUGCUCUACCCUGAACCUUCAGUCAGCUGCUCACGUUGCAACAAGCAGCACAUUGAAUAUGAGCUCCAUUACAAUUGCUCCAUCUGCGCCAAUGGACAGUGGAAUAUAUGCCUCAACUGUUACCGGGCUGGCAAAGGCUGCCAUCACUGGUUUGGGUUCGGCCAUGGUGCUUUUUCAAAAUGGGAAAAGAUUCGGCAGCAGAAAGGGGAUGCUUCACUACCACAGCCACAUACACUGACCGCUCUCCGUUACCGCCCUCCCCGCUCAUCUCCUGGCGGGGCAGACGGACGAAAAACACUGACAACGGACGAUCCUCGACAUCGUUUGGAAAGCGGUACUUUCUGCGCCAAAUGCUCCGCUUGGACGAACGAGUGCUAUUGGCGGGAAGAUCAUGCACGCACCCCUUACUUCCAAUGGCUCACGAAGCCACCCAGUCUAAUCAACACAGGCCUGGAAGUCCUCCCAGAUCGCCCGGUCGACCCACGGCAGCAACGAUAUUCAAAGGUCCUAAUGCAUCCAGCAUCAAACCAUUCGAGUACUUGUCAUUCACCACAAGAUGCGACCUGUGUCAGGAGCCCAUCCAACCGAAUCAAGCACGAUACCACUGCUAUCAGUGUACAAGCUCUUUGCCCUGAAAACGGCCAUUCAGGUUGGAGGAGAUGCCUCAACGGACAUAGAAUGGUAGUCAUCGCAUUUACGGAUGGGAAGAGUGGGCGAUGGAGAUAUAUAGCCCAGGACUUGGUAGGAGGCCAAGGACUAAAACCAGAGGCGGCUGAAAAGGCAGAACACCGCGAGAAAGGACUUCAGAAAUGGGUUUGGCACGAAAAUGGUCAAGACCUGGCCCGGCUUGUCACCAAAGACGUGUCAGAAACGGCGCCAAGUGAGAGCGGUUUCGCAAAGAGCUUGCCACCUGAUGGCGGAGUUGGACUGAAGGCGACUGCGAGGUUCGGGUGGUACCCCAGACCGGGAGCGGACGACGAACUUCUCUUUCCAAAAGGAGCGGAAAUCAAAGAGAUCGAGGAUGUGAACGGAGAAUGGUUCUUUGGAGCAUAUAUGGGUACUCGGGGCUUGUUUCCAGCGCCAUAUGUGCGGUUGGAACAGGAUGCCUAA